UUCUACAUUGAAAUUGGGGAGCCCCGUCUGGUGGAGAUGAGUGAAAAGAAAGCCCUGUUGUUGAAUGAGCUUGGUGGCUUCACAAUUACAGAGUAUCGUUACAUGCCUUGGCAUCUCAACCCUGGAAAAGAACCAAAGAGCCUUUAUAGAUCAGGAAUAUACCGCCAUCAUAUUAAAGCAAUAGUGAAUGUAGAUUGAACCAACAGAUGUAUUGGAAGAAGUUGGUACUGUACACUAUGUUUGUUAACAUCUUGGCUUGUUCUUGUCAUUGCUUUUAUAAUGAAGGGAAAUGUUUGAAUGGCAAGCCUGUCUUCAGGAAGGUUCAUGCUAGAGACCAUCCCCUUCCUUCUACUGUAAUCAACAUUCAAGAAGAGAACGAAGAGAAGCAGCCUCUGACAAGCAAAGAGGAGGAAGAACGCCGCAUUGCUGAAAUGGGGCGCCCCAUCCUGGGAGAGCACACAAAGCUAGAAGUUAUUAUUGAAGAGUCCUACGAGUUCAAGAACACUGUGGACAAGCUUAUUAAGAAGACAAAUCUAGCUCUUGUGGUUGGAACAAACAGCUGGAGAGAGCAGUUCAUUGAGGCUAUCACUGUUAGUGCUGGAGAGGAUGAUGAUGACGAUGAAUGUGGUGAAGAAAAGCUACCAUCCUGCUUUGAUUAUGUGAUGCACUUUCUGACCGUCUUCUGGAAAGUCCUUUUUGCCUUUGUCCCCCCAACAGACUACUGGAAUGGUUGGGCUUGUUUUGUAGUGUCCAUCCUCAUGAUUGGCCUUCUCACAGCUUUCAUUGGGGAUUUGGCAUCCCAUUUUGGCUGCACAAUUGGCCUGAAGGAUUCUGUAACUGCAGUCGUAUUCGUUGCAUUGGGAACUUCAGUGCCAGAUACAUUUGCCAGCAAAGUAGCAGCAACACAAGAUCAAUAUGCAGAUGCUUCCAUAGGUAACGUCACCGGUAGCAAUGCUGUGAAUGUUUUCCUGGGAAUCGGCGUAGCCUGGUCCAUUGCUGCAAUCUACCAUGCAGCCAAUGGGGAGUCAUUUGCAGUCCAGCCAGGCACCCUGGCUUUCUCUGUCACCCUCUUCACUAUAUUUGCUUUUAUCAGUGUUGGCGUGCUCCUCUACCGGCGAAGACCAGAGAUUGGAGGUGAGCUAGGCGGGCCACGGACUGCCAAGAUUCUGACCUCAUGCCUCUUUGUGCUGCUCUGGCUCUUGUACAUAUUUUUCUCAUCUCUGGAAGCCUACUGCCACAUAAAGGGCUUCUAAAGAAACUAUUGAAGAUAGUAUCUAUAUGUAUCUAUAUAUAGAAAGAGAGAUAUAUAGAUAUAGAUCUAAUAUUAUUGAACAGAGGAAGAAAAGACAUUUGCCAUGUUCACUUACCUGUUGAUGGAAUGUAGCUUUGUGGUAGGAGUUUGAAAUCUGCAGGAGUCUUCACCAGGAGCAGCAGCAUUGCAAUGGAGACAUGGAUGCAGGGCCAUCUUUGCAACUCAGCCUACAAGGUCAUGAUGGAGUUUCUUUGUAUUUCCCUUUCCCCUCCCUCUCUAAGGAGCAGUUGGAUUUCAAAGGGGGUUGUUUGGAAAGACCAACGGCCAACUUUAAGUUAUAUCAUAUUGGGCGAAUGACUUAAAUGGGAGUUCUUGACUUUCUUACCAAUAUCUUUGUUGCCUUCUUCAUUAACUCAAGAACAAGCUGAAUCACCACCCUCAAUGACACAUGUGAGUCUAGAGUGACCAACACAAUCCAAGGGGGUUCUAACCCCAUGCUGUUUGUUGGGGAGGGUAGUUGUGUUUGGUUUUUUUGUUUUUGCUUUUGCUUUGAUCCCUCCUUUAGUGCCUGGUUGUUCAGAUGUUAUGAUACCACAGAAAUCCCUUUCCCAUUUUUUUCAGAACUCUAUUUGUGACCAGCACCCUCUUAAAAGAAAAGUAGCCACCUAAACCAUAUUUAACCAGUUCUCCAUUUGCUCCAAACUGUGGAUUAUAGACUCAUGCCCAAAGCCCUAGUAUCCACCUCUAGCGUUAUUUUUUCCUGUAUUUCUGACAUAUUUUGUCAGAUUAAUUUCAGUUUCCUCCCAUGCCCUUCCCAUCUGCCAAUAUUUGCUGCUAUGCUCCUUCUCAUACUCCAGUUUGGGAAUGCUUUCAUUGUACUUGUUGUAACACUUUGCAUGAAUGAAGCAAACCAUAAUCUGUAAUAUAGCAUUGAAUAGUGAUAGUGAAGCUGACUGACCACUGAAGAUGCAAGCGUGUUUUUUUCCACGUCUUUUCUUUUCAAUGAACAGGGUGAGUCCAGAAAUGGCUGGUAUUUAUUCUGUUGCUCUACAUAAGGUUCCUAAGAAGCAAUAACCAAGAGCUGGAGAGAGACCUGUUUUAAAGGGAAGUAUCUGUGCAAGUUUCAUCACGUAGAAAGGGAUCCGUUUGCCAGCCAAGCAUAGGACAGACAGAAAGUUGUUUAUACUGAGUCAAGCCAGUGACCUAUCUAGCCCAGGACUCUCAUUGAGAGUGGUUCUCUGAGGUCUCAGGGAGAAGCUUAUCCAGCCCUGUAACUAUUUUAACUGGUGAUUCCAUGAAUUGAACUAGAGACUGUUGACAUACUAGCAUGUGCUCUACCACUGAGUUAUGGAUGAAUUAAGCCUGUUUGUGAUUAGACUGUUGGAACUAAUUGGGACUAAGCGUUGUUCAUUUUAAGUAUGAAUAGCUGUGCUGAAACCUAAAUCACCAGAACAUCCUUGAGCUUUUUUUCAGUCACCCAUUUUACCCAGAGUAUUUAUGCUGCAUGUGCUCCAGAUGCCAAUUCUUUGGUCUCUUGCGUUGCUUAUUCUCUCUGCUCCUGCUCUUGCUCUGUGGAAACCUCUAGACCUUCGUAAAGGGCAACCCACCAUCAGAAUACUGUAAUUCAAAUUUACUCUUUUGUGCUGGAGUUAAAAAGUUCUACCACCCAUUGGCCUUCAGAACAACAACGGGUCCUAGCACGAAAAGUGGCACUAUCUGCAUUGUCUGGCAGUGAAUUAGCAUUUAUCUUCAUGAAUUAGAAAUGUCAGUAUUGUUAUUAUUUGAUCAUUGUCAACAAUGUACUCAGCAAUGUUCAGAGUACAUUAAGGUACCAAAACAAAGCUUUACUUGGGAAAUACCAUCCAGGGACAGUGCAACUGAACAGUCCAGUGAUAUUUAUUUUGUAGUUGGUUUGUCUAUUGAUUUUUUUCAUGCUUGCUCCUUCUAAACUUUUUCAUUUAUCAGAGUUCCCUCACCACCAGUCCUGAAAUAUCUAAAGCAGGCAAUUCAAAAAGGGGAUUAGGGAGAACGAAACUAUUGAAAUAAUUUAUUUUUCUUUCUUAACUAAAGACAGGAUCUAUUUCUGGGUGCCAGAGAAGUAAAAAUGUGCAUGACUUCACUACUUCCCUGGUCACAUGGAAGCAGGGUGGAUGGUCAUGUACGCUACAGGGUUUAUACCUUAGAAAUUAUCAUAUAAACACUUCCUUAUUGCAGUGGUAAGCACACAAUAGGCCUGUUUUUGAAAAACAAAA